CUGUGCCUGCCCACAAAUUGUGGGCAACUCUAAAUCAUUGCUCUCCCUAACUUUUGUCUCAAAAAAAGCGAAAGCCCCUUAAAAACUCUUCAAUUAGCGUAUGCGCAUUCUUUAAUCAAACACACACCCAUUCUUCAUAUUUUAUUUUUCUUUCUUCUUUUGCAUUCUCUGUUUGAACAACAACAACAAAUAAUAAUAAUUAGGGUUUUUCUGGUUUUCUCUGUAAAAACUCGGAUCGGAAAAUGUGGGAAAAUGUGACGGAAAAAUGAGUCAAUGAGGAGCUUUGUCGGUGAGAAAUGGGGUGUGUGUUUGGGAAACAAGGUUCGGCCAGGCCUGUAGGGAAGGAGGUUAGAAAAGAAGAAAGUGGAGGUGGAGGAGCAGAGGUUCGGGUUGUGAAGAAAGCGGAGGUGAGCGAGGUUGCUCAGAAUGGUGGAAAUCGGAACCAGAAUGAGGAAGGUGGAGGUGGAGGUGGAGGUGGAGGUGGAGGUGGAGGAGGAGGAGGGAAUGUUAGGCCUAAAGGAGAGAGGAAGCGAUCUUCGAAGUUGAAUCCCAGGUUGAGCAAUCCUCCUAAGCAUGUUCACGGCGAGCAAGUCGCCGCCGGUUGGCCAUCUUGGCUCUCUGCUGUUGCCGGUGAGGCUAUCAAUGGCUGGACGCCUCGUAGGGCUGAUACUUUUGAGAAGCUCGAUAAGAUUGGGCAAGGUACAUACAGUAAUGUAUACAAAGCUAGGGAUACAUUGACGGGGAAAAUUGUUGCAUUGAAGAAAGUUCGGUUUGAUAAUUUAGAGCCUGAGAGUGUAAAAUUCAUGGCGAGGGAGAUUCUCAUUCUGCGCCGUUUGGAUCAUCCAAACGUUGUCAAAUUAGAAGGUUUAGUGACUUCAAGGAUGUCUUGCAGUUUGUAUCUUGUAUUUGAGUAUAUGGAGCAUGAUUUGGCAGGACUUGCAGCAAGUCCAGGAAUCAAGUUUACAGAGCCUCAGGUCAAAUGUUAUAUGCACCAGCUACUGUCAGGACUUGAACACUGUCACAAACGCCAUGUGUUGCAUCGUGAUAUUAAAGGGUCAAAUCUUCUUAUUGACAAUGGAGGAGUCUUAAAGAUUGCUGAUUUUGGAUUGGCUUCCUUUUUUGAUCCUAAUCAUAGGCAGCCAAUGACCAGUAGGGUAGUUACUCUAUGGUACAGACCUCCAGAGCUUCUUCUUGGUGCCACUGAUUAUGGUGUUGGUGUGGACCUAUGGAGUGCUGGCUGCAUUUUAGCUGAGUUAUUAGCAGGGAAGCCUAUCAUGCCUGGUCGCACAGAAGUGGAGCAGCUGCACAAGAUAUUUAAGUUAUGUGGCUCUCCUUCUGAAGAUUAUUGGAAAAAGUCAAAGUUGCCGCAUGCAACCAUUUUUAAGCCCCAACAAUCAUACAAACGAAGCAUUGCAGAGACAUUCAAAGAUUUUCCACCAUCAUCAUUGCCUCUAAUCGAGACCCUUCUUGCUAUUGACCCAGCAGAACGUCAAACUGCAUCUGCUGCAUUGAGGAGUGAAUUUUUUACAACGAAACCUUAUGCCUGUGAUCCGUCUAGCCUUCCGAAAUAUCCUCCCAGCAAAGAGAUGGAUGCUAAGAUACGUGAUGAAGAAGCUAGAAGGUUGAGAGCUGUUGGCAAAGUUAAUGCAGAUGGCAUGAAGAAAUCUCGGCCACGAGAUCGAGCUGUAAGGGCAAUGCCUGCUCCAGAAGCCAAUGCUGAGCUUCAAGCUAAUCUUGAUAGGCGGCGUCUAAUAACGCAUGCAAAUGCCAAGAGCAAAAGCGAGAAGUUUCCUCCACCACACCAAGAUGGAGCACUUGGCUAUCAAUUAGGUUCGUCGCAUCAUAUUGAUCCAGCUUUUGAUCCGCCUGAUGUUCCAUUCAGCACAAACUUCGCAUAUGCAAAAGCACCCAUUCAAACUUGGUCUGGUCCAUUGGUGGACCCUGCUUCAGUUGGGGCUCCACGGCGAAAGAAACAUACAUCUGGUGAUACAAGAUCAUCAAAAAAAGAUUCCAGGAGAUAAGAAUACUGCUCGGAUCAAAGACAAAGAUGGUAGGUAAAUAAUUUCUGUGGUUUUAUAGGGACAAAGUGAUGAGGCUGCAAAUGCUGCUGAUUCAGUAUCUUAAAUCCGAGCCGGGAAAAGCCAGUUAAAAUUGUAUUGAGAGGUUAUUUAUAUAUCUUGUAUUUUCAGUUUUCUCAUUUCUUAUUAUUAUUUUUUUGUAUGGUGAGAAGCUUUUUUUACAUAUGUAUAUUUUUUAUUAUUUCUCCCUCUGUGUUAAAAUGUACUCUCUGUGUAGGUUAGUUUGGAAAAUUUUUAAUAAAUUUGUUUUGGGAACUCCAAUCUUGUUCGGUUUAAUAUCUAGUUUCGUUAAGGUUUAUUAUUGUACCUAGUCACACUUGUCAAACUCAGUGUGGUUUAUCUUCUCCGUCCGUGAGCUCUGUCUUAACAAUAAAUUCCCAAAACACGAUUUAUUGUAUACACAUGGAAAGGCCAUUAGAAAUCAAUGUAAUAUAAUUCCUAUAAACACCAUAUAAAAUUAACCGAGGUGGAUAUAGAAAUAUAUGGAAUAUUUAUAUACCACACUAGAAAAAUUUGUGGAGUACUUAGAAAUAUAUAGAAAUCUAAUUUCUUCAUACAAUUCCUCAAUACGCCCAUACAAAUAUCUCUGGGUGCAUGUGCAUUUAGAAAUUUGAAAAUGAUUCCUCUCCGCUGAAAAUUUCGUGGGGUUUUCAGAAAUAAGAUGAAACUCCACAUUAAGAGCUACGCAAAGUUCUAGUUUUUGAUUUUUAUUUUUAUGUAACAUAAAGUUCUAUUCUAUACCAUCCUACCAUAUGCAUGUCCUUGAUAAUUUGGGUGUCGGUCAAAAUACAUAUAAAUCAUUGGAUAUAUUAAUUGAUUACAUGUAAACAUUAGAUAUAUCUUGUGAAUUAAUGAUGGCAUUUAAUGGUCAAAAUUGAAAUCCUCUACUUUAUUUAUAAUCCAUGAUCUUUUAUUAGACUUUAUUUAUAAUCUAUGAUUUUGUAAUAGAGCCGCUGUAUUGAAAUCUUAUUGUGUAUAUAGAUGUAUAUAUAUAUAUAUAUAUAUAUAUGCAUGGAAGUAGAAUUAAUUAUUAGGAUAGAUACCACAAGAAUUAUUUGGUGGACGAACACGGUGCAAAUGAAGUAUUUCGAAGAAUUUGAUACCACCUACCAUUCUAUGCAAAUUGAAUUAUAUUUUACCGAGUUUGGCCAACCAAGGGUAGCUGCCUCUACUUCCUUCCUCGUUUGGGUUUUCACUUUUCAGCUUCCUCACAAGUACGUAUGCUCUGGCCUUUUUCAGAGCCAUAUUCUUCUUUCUUUAUUUAUUUUUUAAACAAAUGUUAUUAUUGUUAUUAUUAUUUGAAAACAUUUGAGUCGCAACAUAUCCGAAUAUGGAAAUUCCCUUUGAUGCAUGGGGUUACAAUAAAAAUGAUACAUGCAAUUGAAAAUUUUAACAAAAAAGAAAUAAAAAUAAAAAUUAGUCAUUUAUAUUAUCUUAGAAAAAUAAAAAUCAUGGAAUUGGGAAGGUGGAGAAAAAAUUGCUGCAUUAUUUUCUAUAUUGACAAAGAAGCUAUUGUACAAAUCUAACAGCAAAACCAGAAAAUAAAAUGUUUAUUGUUGUUUUGUUUUCUGUAACAAGAAUGGUAGGUUGAAGAAGAGCAGUUGCAGGGGUUUGAAAGUUAGAUUGAAGGGGGACUAGAACCAUUUGGAAUUCCACAUUUUAUUUUCUAAUUUUACAAAUGUUUUCUGUCAAGGCCAUCAAAAACUUGUGCAAUAUCAUGUGCUUGUGCUUCGUUUUUCAGAUGCAUUACUCUAAACUCACAACUUUUAGAUCUCUCUCUCUCUAUAUAUAUAUAACAAGUGGCAAUCCUUACUACUUAACUGUAUCUUCUUCUUUUUCUUCUUUCUUUGAUUAAUUCUCAUACCAGUUUCUGUGCUCCAAGUUUUUGGUAUGUCUCAUCUCACAAGUAGCUGCAACCUUUGUAAGUAGGAACUUUUGAGAGCCUAAUGAGACCACCCGGACCCGGACCCGGACCUGGACCGGGACCUGGACCUGGACCCGGACCUGGGUGGGGUCCUCCAGCACCGGCGGGCUUUCUCGGUGGCUUGUGUGACACCAUAUCUUCCUGCCUUGCCAUCUUGUGCUGUUGCUGGUUGCUGCAAGACUGCUUUGGUGGUCGACGUGAGCCUUCUGCAGAGCCAAGAGAUCCUCCUCCAGCUUGGCCAACUCCUUCACCUGGCCCACCUCCACCAGUUCCUUGGCCACCUUCUCCUCCCCCACCACCCCCACCUGGCCCACCAGGCCCUCCUCCACCUCCUCCUCCUCCAGGACCUCCACCAGGACCACCUGGACCUCCUGGUGGUCCACCUGGCCCACCAGGCCCACCACCACCUUAAAUUGUUGAUUAUAACAAAAUGGCUGCUUUCGGAUUCAUAAUGGAGGUAUAAUGUAGGAUGGAUUGAUGAUGUGUGGUGUGUAUGUUUUCUCUAAUUACAUCCGUUAAGACUUCUAAUAUUAAGCUAAUCUUCAAAUGGAGUGGCAUUUGUGUGGAUUUCAUUUUCAUAGUUAUACACAUAUUUAUAAUGUGUUUUCUUUUUAAUUUUAUUUUUAUGAAUAAAAAAGAUGUCUUCUAAUUAGUACCAGAUUAAAAAUCUUAUGACAUAAUAGUAUAGAAUCUUUCAAAACAAUAAUAAAGUUUGUCGAGAUUGGAACCAUAGCUUCAAAA